CAUCAAAACUCCCCCCUUCUCUUUCUCUCUCUAUCUCUGUAGGAAGCACUCUCUCCGCAACUUGCCUCCAUUCCCACUCUCACUCCUCUCUCUCUCUCUCUCUCUCUCUCUCUCACUUUCUCUCUCAAGUCUGAACCCCAGAAAGUGUGAAUAAACGGUCCUCAGCCGACCUGGUUAACUCGCUUGAGAUCACACGGACAGCGACCGCUGACACCCAUUGAACCCACAAUGGUAGACGUCGACCGCAGGAUCACCGGCCUCAACCCGGCUCACGUCGCCGGCCUCCGCCGCCUCUCCGCCCGUGCCGCCGCCGCACCCACCUCCACCGGCUCUUCCACUCGCAACGGCCUCUUCUCCUUCUCCUCUCUCGCAGAUAAGGUCAUCUCCCACCUCCGCGACUCCGGCAUCAACGUCCAGCCCGGGCUGUCCGACCCGGAGUUCGCCCGGGCGGAGGCCGAGUUCGGGUUCGUCUUCCCUCCCGACCUCCGCGCCGUCCUCUCCGCUGGCCUCCCCGUCGGAGCUGGUUUCCCCGACUGGCGCGCCUCUGGCUCCGCGCGCCUCCACCUCCGCGCCUCCCUCGACCUCCCCAUAGCCGCGAUCUCCUUUCAGAUCGCCCGCAACACCUUCUGGUCCAAGUCCUGGGGCCCGAAGCCACCCGACCCGGAGAAGGCCUUCCGGGUGGCGAGGAACGCACUCAAGCGGGCCCCGCUCCUGAUCCCGAUCUUCAACCACUGCUACAUCCCCUGCAACCCGUCACUAGCUGGCAACCCGAUCUUCUUCGUCGACGAGAACCGGAUCUUCUGCUGCGGCCUCGACCUGGCGGACUUCUUCGAGAGGGAAUCUCUGUUCCGGAGGACCGAGUCCGAGCCUCGGGUCCUGCAGAAGCAAAGAUCCAUGGGGGAGAAGUCGGUUCGAUCCGGAUCCGGGUCGAGCUCCAACUUCUCUCGGAGGAGCCUGGACAGUGGCGGAGGAGGGCGGACCCCGAGGUGGGUCGAGUUCUGGAGCGACGCAGCCUUGGACCGCCGGCGGAGGAACUCGUCCUGUUCCUCGUCCUCGUCGCCAGAGAGGUUCUUCGAUAUGCCGAGGUCGGAGGCUCCGAAAUGGGUCGAGGAGUCCGUGCAACAAAUGGGGUCGGUUCUCAGAAACGGCGGGUGGAGCGAGCCGGAUAUAUCCGAGAUCGUGCAGGUAUCAGCAUCGGGGUUUUUUGACGGUGACAUGGUCUUACUAGACAAUCAAGCGCUUCUGGACGCCCUUCUGCUAAAAGCGGAUCGGUUCUCGGACACGCUCCUGAAGGCUGGGUGGAGCCCCGAGGAGGUGUCCGACAUGUUCGGGUUCAAUUUCCGACGGGAGAAGGAGCGGAGACCGACCAAGAAGCUAUCGCCGGAGCUCGUCGAGAAGUUCGGGAAACUGGCGGAUUCGGUGACCCGGUCAUCAUAAUAACAAGCACAGGCUUUAAGAUUAGAAAGAUUCCUGUUUUUCUGAAUUUUUUUUUUUUGUUUUUCUUUUCACUAUUUUGAAAAUCUGAGGGCUGAGGGAAUUUUUAAUUUUCCUUUUUUGCCUUUUUCGUUUUUAUCCGGAAAAAAAGAAAAGAAUAUAUACUUGGUUGGGGGGUGGAGACGCGGUGCCGUUGUACCACUGGAAAGGGAAUGCGUAAAAGAAAUAUGAAAGAGACUUAUCCAAAAAAAAAAAAAGAAAUAUUAAAGGGAGGUCUGAUUUUCAUACGAUAAUAUUGUUCAUAAAAAAUAAUAAUAUUUAUUUCUUAUUAUUAUGUUAUUCUUUCCUUGUGCAAGUGAAUAUAUCUUCUUCUUCUUUUUUUCUUUCCACAUGACAUGUAUACUAUGUUAUAAUAAGCUUCUAUGACAUUUUCGAUUAA